CAACAAGGCGCCCUCUCCUGCAGCAGCUGCAGCGUCCUCUUUAAUCAAGAAGGGAAACUUAUUUACCUGCUGAAAAUGUCUUUCACUCCGAAGAGACGCUGCCCGGAUUCAAUGAACGAUUCAAUGAACGACUCCAUGAACGACUCAAUGGAGAAAAGGAUAAAGCGGAUUUCAGUCGAGGGAAACAUUGCGGCGGGCAAAUCCACCUUUGUGCGCUUCUUGGAGCAGGAGAGCGCGGAUUGGGAGGUGGUACCAGAGCCCAUCGCCAGGUGGUGCAAUGUCCAAACAAAAGGCAGUGACUUUGAGGAGCUGACCACAUCUCAGAGGAGUGGAGGGAACAUACUGCAGAUGAUGUACGAGAAACCGGAGAGGUGGGCCUACACCUUCCAGAGCUACGCCUGUAUCAGCAGGGUGCGGGCCCAGAUCAGGUCGGCCAACGGGAAGCUGCAAGAAGCUGAAAAUCCUGUGCAGUUCUUCGAGCGAUCCAUCUACAGUGACAGGUACAUCUUUACAGCCAACCUCUAUGAGAGCGGGUGCUUGAAUGAUACUGAGUGGUCAGUGUACCAGGACUGGCACGGCUGGCUGCACAACCAGUUUGGCAAGCACAUCGAGCUGGAUGGUAUCAUCUACCUCAGAGCUUCACCUGAGAAAUGUUUAGAGAGACUGCACCUGAGAGGCAGAGAAGAAGAGCAGGACAUUCCUCUGGAGUAUCUAGAGAAGCUCCACUUCAAGCAUGAGAGCUGGCUGCAGCACAAGACCAUGACUACGGAGUUUGAGUAUCUCAAUGAUGUGCCAGUCUUGACCAUAGAUGUGAAUGAAAACUUUAAGGGAAAUGACACCAAGAGAGCCGACAUGACUGAGAAGGUGAGAGAGUUCUUGAGCACGUUGUGAAGAUGGAAAACGUAGACGGUGCCCACAGGAGGAAAGAGUGGACAGAGUAUUAUUAUUUUAAAACAAUGAAAUAGCUCAGCAGUGACAAUUUUUUUUUUUUUCUCAACUUUUUUUGUCUACACAAUCAUUAAAAAUGAUCUGUUCUGUUGGAUUCAUUUUAAAACACUUUUAAUGCUGUUUUCUUUAAAUAUUUUUAAUGCCGUUUUUUAUGUAUGUGGUGUAUUUAUCAAUGCUAGAAUGUACAGUGUGUCCUUUCUGUGACAAUAAAUUGGAAGUAGAUGAACUAAUUUUGAGUGUUUGUAACCUAACUCUUGUAAAAAAAUGAGUCUCCACAGAACUGUUGUUAAAACUUGAUGACUAUUAUUAUUGUUAUUAAACAAGCA